UCCUCUCAACUCAAGUCACAUGAUAGUGUCAUGUGAAACUUUGUGCUUAUUUUUUUCAUAAAUAUUUAGAGAGUCUCAUCUAUUUAAUACACAUGUAGAGACAAACAAACACGGUAUUUCAACAUAACAAUGUCGUGUGAAGUUUCCACAUGAGAGGAUCAUAUUUCGCACCUGCGUAGACUUACAUGGAAGAAAUAAUAGAGCAGAAAGGACAAAAUUAUAAUUGUAUCAGUAACUACCAAAUUAAUGCCAAUGUCGCUUGUGCAACUGCAAUAGAGGUACAACUACAAUGUACCAAAAAUAAGUAUGGGCCAAAAUCCAAAUAAAUGGGCAAAAAUCCAAGUGAGACUAUAGAUAACAAGGAAAGGAAGAACUAAUAGAAAAGGGAGUAUGAGUUGUAAAGAUUAGGCUGGUGGGACAUUACACUAACAUAUCUCACAUACUCUUCAUUUAGAUCAACCUAGAUUGGUUAUCGAUUAAUUAUAUUUGUUUUGAAUCCUUGUGUCAAUGUUCAUAUAUAUUGAGGAAUGACCAAGGAAGGAUAGCAAAUUGGCCAUUCCAUUGCAUAUUCAUUGCAUUUUUCUCUUGUUGAGGAAAAAUGGCAGCCUCUUCAUUGAACCUGAAAUUCAAUAACCAUGCUCGUUCUAAUAGUUUGCCAUCUAAGCCACACCCUAUCAUCCUACAAUGCAAUGAAUACUUAGCCAAAUUAGGCACCUAUGAUGCCAUCUCCUCUUCUUCAUUUCUGAGGCAAAAACUAAGUUUCCUUCAGGAUUUGCAUGACUGCAUUGAAAAACUGGUUCAGCUCCCCUUAACACAAGAAGCACUUGUUCAACAACACCAAGAGAAAUGGGUUGAUGAUUUCUUAGAUGGAUCUCUAAGACUCCUUGAUGCAUGUACAGCAACCAAAGAUGCUCUCCUCCACACAAAGGAGUGCACACGCGAGCUACAAUCCGUUAUAAGAAGGAGAAGAGGAGGUGAAGAGGCUCUUACAGUAGAAGUUAAGAAGUUCUUGACCUCAAGGAAGGUGGUGAGAAAGGCCAUAUUCAAAGCCUUGGAGAAAUUUAAGGGGGGUGCAAACAAAAGCAACUUGUCCACUAACAACAAGGAUUAUCAUCAAAACAUGACUUUUGUUGGCUUGUUGAAAGAUUCUGAAGUGGUCACUUUUUCCAUAUUUGAGUCAUUGCUGAAUUUCUUUUCUGGUUCAGCACAAGCAAAAAGGAGCAGCUGGACCUUGGUCUCAAAGCUGAUGCAUAGUAACAAAAGGGUAGGAGCAGAAGAGAAUGAAUUUGCAAAAGUGGAUGCUGCAUUGCAGUUGUUUGCAUUUAAUAUGGCAACCAAGUCAAAUGACAUCAAUGAUUUGCAAAAGAAGCUAGAGAUUUUGGGGUCCUGUAUGCAAGACCUUGAAGAAGGACUCGAGUCGCUUUUUAGGCGUUUGAUUAAGAUCCGAGUUGCCCUUCUCAACAUCCUUAAUCACUAGAUGAAGAAUCUAAGAGGCAUCAAAUUUUUGUGAUGGUAUAGGUAUUGUCAUCUUGGAUAUAAUUGUAGAUAAUGUACUCGCUCUGUUGAUAAUAUGAUGAAUAUACCACUCCAUAUCUUGUCCAUAGUGCAUGUUUGCUCUCAGAAUUCAUGAUAAGGAUAAUGCUGAUUUUGAAGUUUUACCAUUUCAUAGGGUUGGAUAUUCUUGAAUUUAAUAAAACAACAUUGGAUUACUUCUCAAGUUUUCUGCUCUUAUGUAUG